ACGCAAACCGCUUCGUAACGUGUUUCUCGUGAACCGCUUUGACUCAAACCGUUCUGAGAUUGCAAUGUGAACUUCACUUGAAAUCUCUUUUAACGAAACCGACGUCAGUUCACGAGUGUGCAGUUGGACCCUGGAAGAAUCAGACGGGAGAGAUUGCGGAAAGUCCGUGAAGAAAAAAUAGCCAACGAUGAAACCAGCUUAAAGCGGAUCGAAAAGCAACUUCCUGGCGAAGAAUCGAAGAAAACCGAUAUUAAGAAGAGGCUUGACGAAGCUAAUACGCUUUCCAUUCACCUUCGAGCGCGUAAAGAUGGUCGAAAAGGGCAGCCAACCCAAAUAGACGACGAUAUAGAACAAAACCGUAUCAAGCUAAAAGGACUUCAAGAGGAGCUAAAAAGACAGUCCGAUAUCGUUGCCAAGAUAUUGGAUGAACAGAACAGAAUAAGGAAGCGUACAACAUUGGUAGAGGAUGAAGAGAUAAAGAAGGACGAAGCCCUUUGUACCUACCUUAGUGCUUACAUUGAUGACGACCAAUAUCAACAGCUAAAAUUUGAUAAGGCGUUCACUAACCUGUUUGGGCUGAAGAGAAAAACUACCAGUACGAUCACUGACCUUUGGAAUAUCUUAAAGAGAAGUGGUAAAAUAGAGAUUGCCAAUAACGAAUGCCUAAGUUUGUGGCUGAUAUAUUUUAGUGAUAUACUUGAUGUGAGCCACCUGAUAGAUGAAAUAAACAAAACAGAAGAUGCCAUUUUGGACCCAUACGAGACAAAGGAGGAGCGAAGCUUUUUGGAUUAUCAGAAGAGAAAUGACGGUUUCCUCGGUGGAGGAAGUUUCGGCGCAGUUCACUUGUACCAACAUAACAUUACCAAUGAACAGAUCGCGGUCAAGGAAAUAAAUUUCCAACCAAAUGCAACAACCAAGGAAGAUAAAGCCUUUGAGGUUGAGGUGAGAAUAAUGCGCGAGCUCAGUCGAUUCGACCAUCCGAAUAUCGUUCGGUAUUUCUUUGAGCAUAUUGAUGUGGAUUCCGGCAAGUUUUACAUUGGAAUGGAAUAUAUGACCGGGGGAUCUUUGGCAGGGAAGAUUAAAAAAACACCUCUUCCUGAAGAUAACCUAAGGAACUACACGCAUCAGAUACUCUGUGGCAUUAAGUUCCUCCAUGAGAAGCACAUAGCCCAUCGGGAUAUCAAACCUGACAACGUCCUUUUGAGCCUCGACGACCCCAUUAUCAAACUGGCUGACUUCGGAAUCUCGAGGAAGCUCGAAGCCAGUCUUCUGACCCAUGGUGCAACAACAGCUGUUAGAGGAACAGUUCAGUACAUGUCACCGGAGGUAGUAAAGGGCGAGGACGACGAGAAAAAGGGAUAUGGUUUAAAGACAGAUAUCUGGAGCGUUGGCUGUGUUGUGUUGGAAAUGGCCAAGGGAACUCGUCCAUGGAGUGAGUGUGGAAAUGCAACACAUGUGAUGUUUAGGAUUGGAAAUGGUGAGGCUCCUCCCGUUGCUGAAAAUGUUCCUGGUGAUGUGAAAGAUUUCCUCAUGAAGACCUUCAUUGUUUUCCCUAAAGAUCGAUCAUCUGCCGAGGACCUUCUCAAAGAUAAGUUGCUCGCUGGUAUCACUUCAGACGACAGUGGAAAAGCUGGCACCUCUUCAGCCGACCGUGGAUAUGCAGUUGUUGGCGGUGGAAGUCGUUAUUUACAUCCUGUUUCUUCUUUCGGUGGCUUGGAAACUGCAGAUGACUUGGAGACUGCAGGUACAUCUUGGGACUACAUGCAACGCCCAAAACGUCGUAGGUCAAGUAGUGAUACUUCUGAUGUUGUUACCAAGAAGAGAAAAGUCCCCGAGUCACCAUAGGACUGUCUAUUGUGAGAAAGUAGACGAAAUGGACACAUGCAAAGGACGUAUAUGCCCGUUCAAUGACAUUUUACACAGGCGAAAUUGUCGAUUAUCAAAUCUAUAUCAAAAAAUAUAUGCGAGAUAAUCUGUAAUUUUUAUUUUGCGGAGUUUGUUAAAUACUAAAAUAUGCACAUUGAUCGCUUCUUAAUUUGCUAAUUGUUGUGAUGGACCCAUCAGGGCUGUAUUAAUUAGGAUUAAUUUUUGUUGAGGAAUGUUGAUCCAUGGGGUGAGAGUGAAAUUAGGCAGACCACAUCUGGACGAUGUAGACUUAUGGCACUACAAGCCACGCAAGCCCCGCCGAAGGCAAUUCUGAAAACUAUCAUAACCUACAUAUACAAUGGGUAGGUGAGCCAGGUAUCUGUUUGUCAACAAUCAUUGUAGAAUCUGCUUUGAAAAAUAAUGAGGCAUUUGAUAGAACAGGUCACUUAUCAUAAUCAUUAAUAGAUACAUUAUAUAUAAUCAAUGAAAAAACGGUUCCUAUGAAGUGGCCCAUUAAUAUGUACGUAAAGAUUGAAAGUCGCACCGUUUUCAUGAUAGACUGUAUAAUUUGGUCCGAGGACCCGGUGUAAUGUUUUUGAGUGUUUCUGUUUUUGAGUGUUUCCCCUCAUUGUUUGGGAACGCUCAAAAAUAGAUUGACGAGUUUUUCUGUGUAUCCCCCCUAUUGAAAAGUCAUGGUCUCUCUAGCUGCCUAUUGUUUGGAAACACUGACACAUGGGAAACAACCACAGAUGUUACACCGGUACUAGCUUUUGGUAUGUACUGUGUCUUUAUCAAGUAUGAGCAAAAAAGUGAAAAAUCCAAGUUUGAUACAUGCAAUGAAAAUUGUAUACCCUCGAUUGAAAAUCACAGAAAAACACAGCGAUCAGAGUUAAUAAGGUUUAAACGUAGACAAGGGCAACAAGGUGUGACAUGAUGUAACUACAGAGUAAACACCAGUAGGCUGCACAGAGGAAAUGACGCACUAUGAUAUGUUAUUUUGUUUUUAGUUCACCUCUCUCAUGCUUGUUGUUUGUUUUAUUUAAUGCGUC